AUGAAGUGUUUGCGGUUUCGCAGUGUGCAGUACUUAAGUGACUGUCUUGUGUGUGUUUAACUCAUUACAAAGUCAGGUCGACAUGGUGCACGUCAAGGAAGAUGUCUUCGCCGAGGCUGCAGUGAAUCCAUUGACCAAGGAAACGGGAACAAUUCGACGCUUUACGCUGAGCAACGAUGAGCAGAUGUCGGUGCAGAUUCUAACGCUGGGCGCCACGAUCAGCAGCAUUAAGGUGCCGGAUGCCCAAGGUCAGGUGGAGGACGUGACGCUCGGAUUUGAUGAUUUGGCGGGCUAUGAAAGCGAACAGAAUCCUUAUAUGGGUGCCACCGUGGGCCGCGUCUGCAAUCGCAUAGCCAAUGGAAGAUUCGUACUGGACGGCAAGACAAUUGAGGUCACCCGCAACCGGGGUCAAUUGCAGCUGCACGGCGGCUUCAUAGGCUUCAACAAGGCGCACUGGCAAGUGCUGGAGGUGCUGCCCAACGGCGUCAGCCUGACGCACACCAAUCCCGAUGGCCACGAGGGCUAUCCCGGCGAGGUGACCGCCACAGUGCGCUUCACGCUCACCGAGGACAACUGCCUGCAUGUGUCCAUGGAUGCGGUGACGACCAAAGCGACGCCCGUGAAUCUCACCAAUCAUUCCUACUUCAAUCUGGCCGGGCACAAAGCUGGCCAAGCCGGACUCUACGAGCAUACGAUUGCCAUCAAUGCCUAUGGCAUUACCGAAACGGACGCGGAUUCCAUACCCACGGGCAAAAUUCUGCAAGUGGAUGGCGGCAAAUUUGAUUUACGCAUUGCCAGCAACCUGGGCGAACGCCUCCGGCAGCUGGAGCCGGCGCGUGGCUAUGAUGACAACUUUUGCGUGAAGUUUACGCCGCCCGAGGGCAUUACGAACGUGGCGAGAGUUACGCAUCCGCCGAGCGGUCGCUGGCUGGAGAUUGCCAGCAAUCAGCCGGGCGUACAGUUCUAUACGUCCAACUUUUUGCCCAACCAGGCGACGGGGGAGAGUCCGCUGGCGGGCAAAGCGGGCGCAGCCUAUGCCAAGCAUGGCGCCUUCUGUCUGGAGACGCAAAAGUUUCCCGAUUCGGUGAAUCAUGAGAAUUUCCCCUCGACCAUACUGCGUCCCGGCGAGAAGUAUCAUCACGAAGUAAUCUACAAGUUUGGCAAGCAGCAUUAACAAAUUGCAUAUAAUACUAUAUAGUAUGUAUACAGUGAAAACUCGCUUGAACGGGCGACCACUUAAAAGUUAAAGAUAUUAUUAUAUCAUAGGAAAUCCCAGACUCAUUUAUAAUUUUCCAAAUUUUUAAAUAUUUCUAUGAUAAUGCAACCCUUAUGCCCAUUUUUGAUUGGUAGAAAAAAGGGUGCAAAUUUAUUUAUUUAGAAGACAUUUCCGACUCCAUAAAGUAUUUAUUUUUCGACAGCCCAGUCGAUCUUCCCAGUUCCGUCCGUUCCGUCCGCACACUCGGUCUGAGAACCUAUAACUUUCCUGAUCUCCAUAUUAUGGUUAUAGAUCGAUAAAAAUCUAUAUGGAAAUUCUGUUUUUGAAGCAAAUCUCGCAGCUUACAAGAGAUAAAGGCGUCAAUUUGGAAUGCCGACUCUCGUAUAGUACAUAGAGAUCCGGAAUAAAUCCCUUUUUAACUACUACGUAAGACCUGAAACACCGAAGUAAUUCCCAGUCAGGC